AUGGCUAAGAUCAAGUACCCCUACGUCUGGCUCUUCUGUGGCUUUGCUGCCCUUGGAGCCUGUCUUUACGGAUAUGAUGGAGUGUACUUCAACGGCGUUUCGACACUAGAUGUCUUUGUGAGCCACUUUGGCCAGCUUAACUCCCAUGGGGAGUACGAGAUCUCACCAUCCAAUCUCGCCGUCAUGACUUCCAUGAUCAACGUCGGCGAGCUUCUGGGAUCCCUCACUGCAGCGCCCCUGAACGACUUCUUGGGCCGCAAGGGUGUCUUUCUUGUUGGAACCGUGGCGAUUAUCAUCGGCGUCAUUAUGCAGCUUGUCACGACGUCUAGUCAAUCCCUGAUUACAGCCGGCCGAGCGAUUUUGGGAUACGGAGUUGGCGCUUUCUCAGCCACUUCUCCUUUGUACAUGGGUGAAAUCGCGCCAGACUCUAUGCGCAGCCCCCUUCUCAUGUGUUGGCAACUGACGCUCUCCGUCUCUCAAAUCAUCGCCGCCGCCAUCAACCGCGGCGUCGUCAAUGUCGAGACAACCUUUGCCUACCGCUUCCCCAUCGGCUUCCAGCUCCUCUUCCCAGCAAUCAUACUCAUCGGUCUCUACUGGGUGCCAGAGUCUCCCCGAUGGCUCCUCCGCAAGGGCAAGUCCGAGAAGACUGACAAGGCACUGCGUCUUCUCCGACGUGAGGACAAGACUUAUGACCCGAAGCCUCUGAUCGACACAAUCCAGGCAGAUCUGGACCGAGAAGCCGAGCAGGAAUCCGACGGCGGCUGGAUGCAGCUCGUCACGGAUCCCGUGGAGCGGCGCAAGGUGGUCUACAGCGCCGGAGCCCUCAUCGCCCAGCAGGUCAACGGAAUUCAGUGGUUCUACUAUUUCGGCACCGUCUUCUCCAAGGCCAUCGGGCUGAGCGACCCUUUCCUCAUGACGCUCAUCGUCUUCAUCAUCCAAGUGUUUGUCGUCUUGGCCGCGGUGCUGCUGGCCAACAGGCUCCCUCGACGGCCGUUGCUGAUGGUGACCACCGGCAUCAUGACCGCUUCCAUCUUCGUCGUGGGGUGUCUUGGAAUCCCGGGAAACAACCCUAGCGAUACAAUUGGGAAAGUGAUUAUCAGUUUUGUCAUUAUCGAAAUUGCGGCAUUCAACUUUGCCUGGGGUCCUCUGGGCUGGACCAUCGCGUCCGAAAUGGCAGUGGGACGUAAUCGAAAUAAGAUCUAUGCGGUUGCCGUGGCUUCGUUCUGGGUCACCGUCUGGGUCACCGUCUUCACCCUUCCGUACCUGUACUACUCUGCCAAUCUAGGCCCCAAGACUGGAUUUGUGUACACGGGGCUUUGCUUCAUCACCUGGGCGUAUGUGUACUUUUGCGUGGGAGAAGUCACUGGACGCAGCAUCGAAGAGAUCAAUGGUUUUUUCCGAGAGGGCAUUCCGGCAAGGCACUGGAAGAACCAGCCUUGGAAGGGUCAGCCUCAGAAUGCAGAAGGACUCGAGGAAAGCAAAGAGACCAGUGUUAUGGAGGUUGACCGCAAGGUAGAAACGGCUUGA